GGGGUGGGUCUGAGGCUUGGCGGCAGCGCCCGCCCGCGCCGAUCCGCGUCAGGGCCGGGCUGGGGACACUGGUGCCCGAGUCCCGGCCCCGCUCUGUCCACAGGUUCCGAUGGCUGCCGCUGCGCUGAUGGACCCGCCUCAGGGUGGUGUGACCUUUGAGGACGUGGCCAUUGACUUCUCCCAGGAGGAAUGGGGGCUCCUUGAUGAGACUCAGAGAAUCCUCUACCGAGAUGUGAUGCUGGAGAACUUUGCAAUCAUAGCCUCCCUAGGUUGUUGGCAUGGAACAGAGGAGGAGGUGGCAUCUUCUGAGCAGAGUGUUUCUGUAGGAGUGUCACAGGUUAGGGCCCCACAGGAAGGCCCUUUUACCCAGAAGACUCACCCCUGUGAGAUAUGUGUCCCAGUCUGGAAAGACAUAUUGCACCUGACUGAAUCCCAGCCAACAUACUCUGGGCCAAAACUGUGCUUGGGUGAGGCAUGUUUCAGAGGUUUCUGGUUUAGUGCAAAUCUUCCCCAGCCCCAGAAACAUCACAGUGGAGAGAAAUCUUUCAAAAAGGACAUGGAUGGGGCCUCGUUUGUGAGGAGCUGCAAAUUUCAAGGGUCUGGGAAGCCCUUCACCUGUGGGGAGGUUGGGAAGGAUGUCCCAGCAACCUCAGGCCUUCUCCAGCACCAGGCCUCUCUGAACCAUGAGAAGCUACACAGCAGCACCAAGUGUGGGGAGGUGUUUCACACUGGGAAGACACACUAUAAGUGGGAUGAAUGUGAGAAAGAUUUUAGCCACAAACACACACUUAUUCACCACCAGAGCGUCUGCACUGGAGAGGGGCUUUGUGAGGGUAGCAAAUGUGGGAGAAAGAUGAGCUACAAUUACAGACUUGCUCAGCAUCAACAAAUUCACACUGGAGAAAGGCCGUAUGCGUGUAGUGAAUGUGGAAUAUUCUUUAGCCAAGUCUCUGGCCUCCGUCAACACCAGAGAGUUCACACAGGAGCAAAGCCUUAUGAGUAUGGAAAAUGUGAGAAAUCCUUAACCUACAACUCUAGUCUCAUAAAACACCAGAGAGUGCACACUGGAGAAAGACCUUAUAAGUGCAAUGAAUGUGAGAAAUCCUUUAGCCAAAGCUCCAGCCUCAUUCAGCAUUGGAGAGUUCACACAGGAGCAAAGCCUUUUGAGUGCGGCAAAUGUGGGAAAUCCUUUAGCCACAUCUCUACCCUCAUUCACCACAGGAGAGUUCACACUGGAGAAAAGCCUUAUAAGUGCAGUGAAUGUGGGAAAUUAUUUGGCAGAAGCUCUCACCUUAUUGUACACAAGAGAAUUCACACUGGAGAAAUGCCUUAUGAAUGUAGUGAAUGUGGGAAAUCUUUUAGGCAAAGCUCUGGCCUCAAUCAACACCGGAGAGUUCACACUGGAGAAAGGCCUUAUGAGUGCAAUGAGUGUGAAAAAUCCUUUAGCCGCAAAUCUGACCUCAUUAAACACCGGAGAGUUCACACGGGAGCAAGGCCUUAUGAGUGUGAUGAAUGUGGGAAAUCCUUUAGGCAAAGCUCUGGCCUCAUUCAGCACUGGAGAGUGCACACUGGAGAAAGGCCUUACGAGUGUGAUGAAUGUGGGAAAUCUUUUAGCCGCAAAUCCGACCUCAUUCAACAUCAGAGAAUUCACACUGGAGAAAGGCCUUAGAUGUGCAGGGAAUUUGCUGGGUGUUUGAUCAGUGUAAUAACACUGGAGGAGAGCCUUUCUGGGGGAGUCAUCAACCUGAAUUCAACCGUAUACAUCCAAA